AUGACGCGGCCGUCGACACGCAAAUACGCCGCGCCUGCUCUUAUCAGGGCACGCAUCUGCCCUCGCGGCAACAACAACAACAACAAAGUGUGGGCGUGCGCCGAGAACUGCCCGGGCUCUCGGAGUCACCGGCCGCACUCGCUUUCUGCUUACCAUUUGGCUGGAGAACGGGGCAAUCCCCUGGAGCUGGAACGACUGCUGCCUGCGAGAUCGACGGCGACUCUUCCAGCGAAGAAACCGAUGCGGCAGAAUUCGGAAUCCAGCACCCUCUUCUCCAGGGGCUUCUGGCACGACGUCUUCUCCAAGGGCCGUUCGCUGUCGCUGAGCCACAUCGAGCAGGCCGGGGUGGAGCAGGAGCGGCCCGCCGCCCACGCAGCCAGCAGCAGCGCGGGGCUCACGCCGGCCGCGCGCGCCGUCCAUCCAGGCAUGUGCGUCUCAGUGGGCCCAGGAUUCCCCAGCCUUGGCUCUGGGGUUCCCCCGGCGGCCAUGUCUGCGCCGGCCGCAUCGCCCGCCGCCGCGUGCCUCGACGUGCCGGGGGCGGAAGGCGGGGGUGGGGGCGAGCCGCCGCCCCCAGGGCAGGCCCCCGAUAAGGCAUCCGGCGCCGGCGUCACCACCGUCACCUCGUUCGUCGGCAGCAGCCGCAGACACCGCCUCGUCCGGUCGCAGGUGAACAGCUCCGAGUACUUCAGCGUGAGCUUCGAGCUGCCCAGCGGCGCGGACGCGGGCCCGGACGAGUUCGUCGCGGCGUGUCGCGGCGUCACGCUAGCGUGA